ACAAGCAAAGAAAUUCAACUUACAAAAGGCCCAUAAAGUCCACCUACAUAUGUGUAUAAAUAUCCGAAGAAUCAUGUCCAAGAAAUCAUCCAAAAACUCACUGACCAAAAAGCCGUUGCUGAUAAAAAUGUCCCUUAAAUUUCUACUGCUACUCUUCUUCUUCCUCCUCCUCAACUUUGCCAUGAUUAGAAAUGCUGCUGCCAUGACAACUCUGCUAAGACCUGGAUUCUAUUCAGAAACGUGCCCGGAUGCCGAAUUUAUUGUCCGGGAUGUCAUCAAGAAGUCCAUGACUAGAGAAGCCCGAAACGCAGCCUCGGUCAUGCGCUUGCAAUUUCAUGAUUGUUUCGUAAACGGUUGUGAUGCUUCUGUAUUGCUGGAUGACACGCCAAACAUGCUUGGUGAGAAACUUGGAUUGUCAAAUAUAAAUUCACUGCGAUCAUUUGAAGUUCUUGAUGAAGCCAAGGAGGCCCUGGAAAUUGCUUGCCCUGGAGUUGUUUCUUGUGCUGAUAUUGUAGUCAUGGCUGCUAGAGAUGCUGUUGUUCUGAGUGGUGGACCAAACUGGGAUGUAAAAUUAGGCCGGCUAGACAGUUUAACAGCAAGCCAAAAAGAUUCAGACGAUAUAAUGCCAAGUCCCAGAGCAAAUGCAAGCUAUCUCAUUGAUCUCUUCAACAGAUUUAAUCUCUCAGUUAAAGAUUUAGUUGCCCUUUCUGGGUCUCAUUCCAUUGGCAAAGGGAGAUGCUUUUCUGUUAUGUUUCGUCUAUACAACCAAUCUGGGACAGGCCGGCCAGACCCUGCCAUUGAACCAAAAUACAGAGAAAAGUUAGACAAGCUUUGUCCACUUGGUGGAGAUGAAAAUGCAACUGUAGAUUUGGAUGCAACACCUGAAUUAUUCGAUAACCAGUAUUUCAAGGACUUGGUCAAUGGGAGAGGAUUUCUGAACUCGGAUGAAACGUUGUAUACAUUCCCCCAGACUAGAGGGUAUGUGAAGCUGUUCAGUGCUAACCAAAACGAGUUCUUCAAGGCUUUUGUCCAAGGGAUGAUAAAAAUGGGUGACUUGCAAUCUGGCCGCCCUGGAGAGAUACGAAAAAAUUGCAGGGUUGUUAACAGGAGGGCUGUGGACAUCUUACUAGAGUCUUGAAAAGGGGAGAAAAAAAAGAAGUGAACUUAGGCAUUUAUUGAAUAUCGUGUUUAUGGUGCAGAAAUUUGUUAUAAUCAGAUUAUUACUGUUGAUCUUGCAUUAAUAGUAAAUUUUGGAGGAUCAAAUGGGUUUUAAAUGAGAAUUUGAGUAAUGUAACUCUAGCUAAGUUGGCCAAUAUUCUCUACUACCUCCUGGGAGCUCCUGAAGUCUGUACUUUUACCUGCUGUAAAACAAAUUGCUACAUAGUAAAGAAUACUUGCUCUAAAUAUCCAGCUGGCCGGUUGAGGGCCCUAGCAAUCUAAGAUGAGUGAG